CCAAACACAGAGCCUAACGAAUCGAAUACGAAUAGAGCAGAGCAGUCCACGUUGAGCCAAAACAUCAUUGGCAUUUGGCACUGUCACCGUUCGAAGUCGAAACAACGCGUCCAACUUCCAGCUCCAUCUACCUCAAGAAUUUCUUCGAUCUCCUCAUAAUUUCGACACUGCAUAACCACUUUUCCAUUCGUGUACUGGAAUCGAAUUUUUACGACUUUGCUUUUGGGGAUACGCCAGGAAAUCAGGGGGGAACCAGAGGCUUUGAAUUCAAUUUGAGGAAUAAUGGGUCAGGCAUUGCGUCGAGCAACUGGAAGGAUGGGCGGCUCUAGAGUUGACGCUGCCGUGCAAUCAGAUAAACUUGCUGGCCGGAGACCGCCACCGCCGCAGACGGUUGUCCCCGCUGAGAAACUUCCCGGUGAAGGUGCCCCUUCUGGCUCUGAGAGUGCAUCAAGAGUAAACUUGGACAAUGUGCUUGAGAAUCGAGAUCCACAGUUUGAUGCUAUGCUUAACCAAAUGUCUGGCAGAAUACAGUCAAAGCCAGGAGGGCCUCUUGAAAUGGGUGAGGGCUUUGUGGUGAACAAGUACAAAAGGCCGUUGCCUAAACUGAGGAACACGACUGUGGAUUCCGUGAGGUUCGAGGACAGGCCAGCUCCCCCCGGCACCCUGAAUGUGGCACAGAUCCGCCAAGUCAUCCUCCUGUACCAGGGCAAGUCCGACGACCAUGAUGGCCCGAUGAAUGUUGCCCAGAUCGCGCAACUAUUCAGCGUCGAUGCUGCACAAGUUGAGAAAAUUCUCCAGUUUGUCUCUCUGCCACCAGAGGAUGACACUAAAAGGAAAAAGGCUGAAGAAUGAUACUACAUCAGCUGAGAGAGGUUUAUUUUAUUUUAUUUUUCUUAUUCAUUUGUUAGUUUUUACAUUUUUUUUUUUUUUUUAAUCUAAUUUUUAUGGAUGAGGAUCUGAUAUAUUGGAGCAAUGUUUUUGGGUGAAAAUGUCUGAGAAAACAAUGAAUGAAUGUUGUAUUGAUUAUUGAAUAAAAGAUCAUAAAGCAGGCUGAUUGUUAAGA